CACAUUCAACUAGGUGGGGAAUAAAUCGAGGCUUUAUGGGGAGCGGCACUGGGAAAAGAAUCUCAAUCCCCAGGCAUGCAAAUAAAAUGUGGUUUUUUUCGAGGAGAGGAGGAGGAAGUGGCCGGUAACUGACAGGACAGGUUUCUUGCAGCUGUUUGGAGAUUCUGAAGGAAGCCCGAUGCGGCUACGUGAUCCUCCUGAUGGCGAUCUACUGGUGCACGGAGGUGAUCCCUUUGGCCAUCACCGCUCUCCUGCCCGUGAUCUUGUUCCCCAUGUUUGGCAUCCUGGAGUCCAAAAAGGUGUGUAUGCAGUACCUGAAGGACACCAACAUGCUGUUUGUCGGGGGGCUGAUCAUGGCUGUGGCUGUCGAGCACUGGAACCUGCAUAAGCGGAUUGCCCUGAGGGUGCUGCUGAUCGUCGGCGUGAAGCCUGCACUCCUGAUGCUGGGCUUCAUGGGGGUCACGGCGUUCCUGUCCAUGUGGAUCAGCAAUACAGCCACCACCGCCAUGAUGGUCCCCAUCGUCCAGGCCGUCCUCGACCAGAUGAACAGCUCGGAGCAGGACCUGCCCGUCAGUCACAUCCACGGCAGUGUUGGGAUUGAGAUGGAAGGAAAGGCAGGCAACGGCUACCUCCCCGAGGAGGCGAUCAAAGAGCCGGACCGGGAAGUGGCCAGGAGGCGCAUCAACAAGGGGAUGACCCUCUGCGUGUGUUACGCCGCCAGCAUCGGCGGAACAGCCACCCUGACCGGGACGGGGCCGAACCUCGUUCUGAAAGGCCAGAUAAACCAGUUGUUCCCAGAGAACGGCGACAUCCUGAAUUUCGCCUCGUGGUUCGGCUUUGCCUUCCCCAACAUGCUCCUGAUGCUGGCGCUGGCUUGGUUCUGGCUCCAGUUUUCCUUCAUGGGCUUCAACUUCCGGCAGACGUGGGGCUGUGGGACCCAAAGGACGGAGAAGGAGAAAGCCGCCCUCAACGUGCUGAAGGAGGAGCACAGAAAGCUGGGUCCGGUCUCCUUCGCCGAGUUCAGCGUGCUGAUGGUUUUCACCUUGUUAAUCCUGCUCUGGUUCACCCGAGACCCCGGCUUCAUCCCCGGAUGGGCCACCGUCCUCUUCAACCACGACAAAGAGUACGUGACCGACGCCACGGUCGCCAUCUUCGUUGCCCUCCUGCUCUUUGUUGUCCCGGCCACCCGGCCCCGGUGUGGCUUCUGCAGCCAGAGCGGCAUGGAUCCCGAAGAGGCGGAGGAAGCGCUGAAGGAGCCCUUCUUCCCAGCCCCACUGCUGGACUGGAAAGUGGUCCAGAGGAAGCUGCCUUGGAGCAUCGUGCUGCUGCUGGGGGGCGGCUUUGCCUUGGCCUACGGGAGCGAGGCCUCGGGGCUCUCCAAGUGGCUGGGGGACCAGAUGACGCCCCUGCACCACGUACCCCCCUGGGCCAUCGGCAUCAUCCUCUCCCUCGUCAUCGCCGUCUUCACCGAGUGCACCAGCAACGUGGCCACCGCCACCCUUUUCCUGCCCGUCUUUGCAUCACUGUCGCAGUCCAUCGAGGUCAACCCGCUCUAUAUCAUGAUCCCCUGCACCCUCAGCGCCUCCUUUGCCUUCAUGCUCCCCGUGGCGACGCCUCCCAACGCCAUUGUCUUCUCCUACGGCCACCUCCACGUUUCGGACAUGGCGCGGACAGGGGUAGUGAUGAACCUCAUUGGCGUGCUGUGCAUCACCCUGGCCAUCAACAGCUGGGGCCGGCCCAUGUUCCACUUGGACACCUUCCCCCCCUGGGCGAACGCCACCCUCGGGAAGUGAUGCCUGAGGCCAGAGCAUCGAGUCUGGAGAAACGUGGGCUGCUUCGUCCCGCUCGUGGCCCCUGCCUCCCUCCCCCCUCAGUUUUCCUCAGGCCUCCAGGA